AUACGUAGCAUCGCUUGCCAUUGGAACUUGAAUGAAGAUGGAGAUGAAGAUAAAAAUGAAAAUUUUCUCACUUGCAUGGCUAUUAAUACCUCUAGCAAUAGCUUUCAUGCCAAGAACCCCAGCCCUAACCCCAAGCGACGGCAACGGAAUCGAUCUGAUACAUAAAACCUGCAAUCACACUGCGGAAUACAACCUUUGCGUCGCAUUACUACAAUCAGAUCCUCGAAGCCUUACCGCCGAUGUGAAAGGCCUUGCGAGCAUCAUGCUCGACUUGACACUUCGGAAUACAAAUCAGACACUUUCUCAGGUGAAGGAGCUCCUUAAGGACACCAGCUUGGAUCAGAGAAUAAAGCAAUGCUUCCUCACUUGUGUUGAGGUGUAUGAGAAGACUACUCAGUUGUACAUCCCUGCAGCGCUUAACUCAUUGCAAACAGAUUCUUAUGCGGAUGCGAGAAAGGAAGGCAGUGAUGCUUUUACUACAGUUCAGACUUGCGGAAGAGAACUUGUUAAAUCAGGUGGUUUAGAUAAAGAGCCUGCAAUCAUUGACAGGAACAAGUUCGAUCAGCACCUUGCAUCUCUAUCUUUGGACAUCAUAUAUAUCCUUGGUUGAAUUACCACCUCUUUACAACUCUCUCUCUCUCUAAUGUAUUGUGUGGUAAUUACAGUGAUCUCAAUCCUUGAAACCCUGAUUCCAUUGUUAUAAUAAAAUAAGUGAUUUGGGUACA